AUGUAUUUUCCAACAAUGGCUUUUAGUUGGGUUGUUGCAAUUGCAAACACAAUUACUCUUGGAAACUCAAAAUCAACGCUAUCAUCAAUCGAAUUCAACAAAAAUCAAACGAAUCAGAGUAUCAUUUCCAUUUCGAAUGAAAAAAAUUCCGAGUUUUUUCAAAUGCCUCUUCAUUAUCCGAGAUACACAAAGCAUGACUACGAUAAGAUGGAGGAAUGGAAGAUCGACGCGCUUCUGAGAGAAUAUGGACUUGAUUUUCAGGGGACUGUUGAUGAGAAGAGGAGAUUUGCUAUAGGUGCAUUUGUGUGGCCUGAUCAACUUUGAUUUUUGUCCUAAUUUGGUUAUAUAUGUUCUGGUUUUGAGAUUGAGACGGAGUUGUUGUUAUAGAUGUCUUUAUGACUAGUUCGAGUUUAAAUUUGUCCUCCUUGUUCGAAUAUAUAUGAUAGUGUGAUUCUAACGUGUUUGAGAUUGAGA